AUGGAUUACGAAAAGGUUUUAUUUGAUUUACAACCCAUCAUCAAGGCACAUAGCAUUGAUGCUAUUCCUUUAGAAGGAGAUUUUCAGGAGAGAUAUCUCUCGGUUUUAGACCAAGUUGCAGUUUGCUUGAGGACCGAACAUAAUAGAGCCAUUGCAGGCUCAAGCGGAUUGUUGAAACGUCUAUUAGAAGUGUUGGAGGAGUCUUUAGUAAAAUGUUUCAGUAAUAUGCAUUUGGAUCCGUUUUGGUGGAAAUUUGUCUCAGAUUUAAUAAGGUGUGUUGCAAACUGUUUGGUGGAUAACGACGACAAUAGAAAGAUACUCUUUCAAGAAAAACCAGUAAUUAUGGAUCGCUAUGUAGGUCAUAUUCUUACUUUGAAAACAGAAGGCAAUGAAGAAUUGCAAUUGAGGACUUUGGCAAUGGCUAAAAAUAUGUGUUUGGACAAUAAGGACUACGUCCGCAGAUUUUCCAAGAUUCAAUCACCAUUAUUAAGUUUGUUACAUCGUGAAGAUGAUGAGUCAUUGACCUUGAUAGGUUCUGAACUACUGUCAGAUUUUCUUGAAAUAGAUCAAAAUGUUUCUCUCGAAGACUUACAAUUCUUUGCAGAAGCGAUCUGGAGUCAGUCUCAAGAGGUAAAAAACCAAGAAGAUGAGCAAGAUGAACAGGAAGAAGAUGCCUUGGAUGAUCCUGCGUUGGAAAUCCUGACAAAUUUUACACAAUGCUUAGAAAUUGUGGUCUCCAAGAAAAGUUCCUUAGAUUUUGGUGAUCUAUUGGUCUCUAUUAUUCAACUUCACCUUUUGCAAACCCUAGACGAGUUAUGGCCGAAGCAAUUCGAAAAUAAAUUGAUCCACAUGAGGAGAUUGAUGACUUGUGUAGGCCAUAUCUCUGCUCAGGAAUCAAAUACAAACAAAAAUGAACGUGAAACUUGUUACGAAAAUAUUCAUAAAAGUAACAAUGGAUACAAGAUCGGUGCCAUUUUCAUUGUGCUAACGAAUUCAAUUGAUUCACCAAAAGACGGUUCACAGGUGAGUAAAGAAAUUUCGUUCCAGGAACUAAUCCAAGCGGCAUCUAAAUUGACCGACCCCAUGCAAGCGCAGGGAUUUUUAGCGCUUUUCAAGAAAUUAUUGACUGUUUCCAGUGCAAUGGAAUUGAAAUCUGACAUCAUCAGGGAACUAUCAUUUGUCUUGAAGAAAACUCAUGAUCAAUCAACUUUUUUCAAAGAUUUAUCACCACUAUUAGAUGCACUGCUAAACAAAAUGUUUACCGUCUUACCCAGUUCCACGGUACACGAUUCAUUAUCUGAUCCAAGUUCACCACUAUUGGGCAUAGUUAGAGAGCGCGAUAGUGUCAUCUCCUGUCUAGCGUUGGAUAAACUGCUAGUGUCUUCCAAGACUGCACUAACCACUAUUACCGAACCUCUUUGGCAAACUGCUUGCAAAUUCCAAGACCAAGUUGCAUCUGGUGAGGGAAACAUAUCAAUCUUCUACAUUUUCCAACUGGCUAAAACCUUUGGAAUUUUAUUGAAGAACCUAGAGUCUCACCAAGAACUAUUACAGGAUGAUUUGAAACCAUGGAUAACUCAGUUACUAGAAUUCGUCAAGCCCUUGAAAGAAAAAAACGAUCAAGCAAGUCAGAGUGCUGUGAACAACGGUAAAUUCGUUGCUACCAUGUUACUAAAAUUACUAGACCAAAACAAUGGUACAGAACAGGAUGAACGGCUUCAGAAAUUGGCUAAAGAACUCUUAUAA